AUGUACGCGAGGGGUAUUUGCACCCCGCCGGAGCACAUUUGCGUCUACGCGCGUGUGCGGCCGUGCGCAGCCGCGGGCGACGUUGCGUGCGUCCGCGUGGACGCCGCGGAGCACACUCUUCACUGCGGCGCCGGCGGGCCCUCGUCCAUAUCGUGCGUGAGCUCCUCGGUGAGUGGCUCCUCGCUUCCCAGUCCGCAGUCGCCAAGGCGUGCCCGUAAAGGAGGCGCCGCGGCGGCGGCAGCGUUGGAAGAACCGCCCCGUCCUCCCCACCCACCCAUGCCGCGACGGCCCUUUCAACAGCCUCAGAGUUUUGCGCUGGACGGAGUUGUGUCGGACCUGCACGAUGCAGACACCGCCGCCUUUCUCGCAGCGACGGCGCAGGCUUGUGCGGCGGAUUACCUGUUGGAGGGGAGAGAUGUCACGGUGCUGUGCUGCGGGGAGCAGGGAUCGGGCAAGACGUCGACGGCGUUCGGCGACGGAGAUGAGCCGGGGCUGUGCGCGCGUGUGUUUCUCGCGCUGUUUGCUGCCAUGUCGACCUCCUCCUCCUCAGCAGCAGCAGCAGUGGGCGUGCCGUGGGGGCGGCCUGACGCCUCAGACAGUGCACCAGCAACACCCGCAGCACCCACAGAGGCAGCAGUGAUGGCAUCCAUGCGGCACGAGGUGACGCUGUCCUGCCUGCUGCUGCAAGGCGAGUGCGUGGUGGAUUUGCUCGCCGAGGUCGGUGCCGGCGAUGUCGAUCUGGUCAACGCCUUCGUGGCCGCGGCGCGGCCCACAUCUUCUUCUCUUCCAUCCCCGUCCUCUCCCCCCUCUCCAGCGUUCUCCACAGCGCCAGGGGGGUCCGCAACGAGUAGUAGUACAGCCGGUGCUGCCGCUGCGUCGUCAACGCCGUUUAUUGCGAUGGACAGGCACGGCGAGGUGGUGAUCCGGGGGGUGGCGCAGCGAUCGUGUGGCAGUGCGAAUGAGGCCAUCACCCUCGUGCAUCGCUGCCGUCGUGCUCAGGCGUCGCGCGCAAACUCGUUUGGCCAUGUGAUCGUGAUGGUCGACGUUCUCGCGGAGGAGGUGGAUGUGACGGAGGAGGGGAACGAGGUGGCAGCGGUACGACACGCGCAUUUGCAUCUUGUCGACCUCGCUAGCGUGCACACCACCUCCACAAAUACGUCAGCUACUACUACUGUUGCUGUCGGUAGUAACGGAAGUAGUUCUCUGAGUGGCGUGACAGCGCCGGGAGGGCGCUGCCGUGCGGAGGAAGCCGCCGUUCGUCCGUCUCUGAUCGCGCUGCGGGCGGUGAUCGUAGGGCUCGUCGACGCAGCAGCGCGGGAGGGCCGCCGCCAAGUCGGUCGCGAUACCCAACCCUUGACCAAAUCCGCAGCCGUUUCUUCUUCUGCUGGCUAUUUCUCCUCCGCGUCCUUCCUGCAGUACCGACAGUGUAAGCUGACGGUGCUGUUGAAGGGUUAUCUUGGCGGUGCCUGCCACACCGUCGUCAUCGCCCACGUUCGGUCCGAGCACGCACACCUGUCGGAGUCUCUUACGACGCUUCGGCUGGCGCGGCAGCUCUUGUGCGUGCCGGAGCAGUCCAACGCACACCGCACCCCCGACUCGGCCGCCCAGGUGCGUCAGCUGCAGCGACAGGUCGCCACCCUGCAAAGCGAUGUGCGCAUGCAGGUGGAGUUGAACCGGCGAAACGCGCUGCUCGCGGCAGAGGCGUUACGCCGCACGGCGGAGGAGAAGGCGAGGGCGGGUACCGCUUCGACAGCCGCCCACGCUUCGCGCACGAAAGCCGGUGCUGCUCCGUCUGCGUCGUCGUCUUCUCGAAUGAAGUGCGACCGUUAUGACGGCCCUGUGGACGCAGCAGCGACGGAGGCGCCAUCACCGCCUUCGCCCCCUUCCCCCUUUCCCUGGCCCAUGUCUCCGGCCAGUGCGUCCCUGCACGUGUCCGUCGUAGACUUCAUCGCCGGCCGGCUGCCAAUGCUACCCGUCACGACAAUUGAGGAGAUGAACACCUGCUUUGAGCUGCUGCGCCGUCAGGUGGUGGAGCGUGAUAUGCGGCUGUGCGCUGCCAUGGCCGACCUGCGCGCUGCACGAGCCGGCACGGUGGCGGCUGCCUUCUGGAAUGGGACGGCUGCCGGAACGUCGCGCCGGUCGAGUUCCCGCUCCUCGCAUCUCUCGUCCCUCGCCAAAGGCGCCUUCUCGGCUUCUCCGGCGCAGGAGCGGCAGCGUACAAGUCAGGUGCGACACGGCACGGAGAAUGCGCUGACGGACGCCACCCUGGAAAGGCAUCGAUCACCGUCGCAGAAGUCGGGCGCGAACUCCCACGCAUCAUCUGCGAGUUCGCCUGUCAACGCCGGUGUUACUACUUCUGCUGGUGCUGGUGGGCGUCUCGAUCAAACAGGAUUGCUCGAGGAGCUCAGCCCUACGUGGGUGACGGCGGACUGCGGCGUCGGCUACGGCAGUGCGCCUGCCCCAUCUCAAGAGACCACCACAGCCACAGCAGCAGCGGCAGCGGCAGCGCCGAGAGCAUCCCCCGCACGGGCUGCGCCGGCGGGCCGGCAGGCUUCUGCGUGGCCGGCGUCGCCCAACACAACCGCCGUCUCGUGGAUGCUGAGCACGUUGGAGGAAGCGACAGAGACGGAGGAGGCCGCCGUGUCCUCCACUGCAGAGACGCGAGAAGGCACCAACCCAGCCGCCGGGCGUGUGGGCAGUGCCGCGGAGCAGGGCGGGGCGCCCUCGACGGGUGUGCCCGCGACGACAAGCACCCCGUUGAGUUUGCGGUCGCCCCUCCCUUCUGGGGAGAGGGUGCGCCGCACGCAGCACGCCGAUGCACGGCGGGCUUACCUCACGUCGCUAUCACCCGCGCCGACACCACCGCAACACCCACAAGAGCAACCCGACGCUGGGUCAGCUGCAGCUGCUGCUGCUGCUGGAUGGUCGCUUCCUCUCUCCACACCCGCACCACCGAAGAGUGCGGAGGCGAUCGCCUUCGACGGAUACGUCACCGACACAGCGGAGGGCCGUCAACUGGCGCACUUUGUGCGGCAGGACGAGGCAGCCGUGGCGGCACUGCGGCAGCGUCUGACCACGGCGGUGGCCCCUGAUAAGGUGACCGCGGCGAAGGACGCCUACGAGGCCGCGGCGGCACAGCUCACACGGCGUCGUCGGACCCUCCUGAACAGCUUUGAGGCGUGGUACUCGUUGCAGCGAACACCUGAGCGACCCGCCAUCACGUCGACGACGUCCAAGCACGGCGCCCCCCCACUCAACGGGAUGAUGGGGAACGAGGCCAGAGGCGGAAGCGGCGAUGCGGCGGCGCUGCGUUGGUUUUCCGCCGGCGGGGCAGCUACAUAUCACAUCCCGCGACUUCGAUUGCGUCCUUCUUCUUCCAUGCCCACGGCGACGGCACACACCGCCCCCGCCUCCACGUCUUCGCCCUUUCCAGCGACAGUCGACGCAUUGAUCCACCGACCGUAG